GAUUUUUUUACAACUUGAACUGCACAGCAACGUCAACAGCUUCCGCUUUUGCCUUGUUUAUUUCCGUCAGUCACGUGACUAGACUGACGUUCUAAUUUUUUUUGCAAUACGUUGACAAACAUUUGCUUCAUGAUAGUGAUUUUUAUCUUUAUUCAUACAAACACGGGUUUCCUACAUUUUAACGCAACGGGUGGCAAUAGCGUGUUGUAUUCUAAAACGACAUUUGGUUGGCCGAGAUUUACGACACUUGCCCGGUGUAAAGUGGUUGGAAAUUACUUUUUUUAUUUAUUAAUAAUGGAAACAUCGUACAUGUAUUUUUAAACAUUUGCAUUUCAUGUUACAUUUGUACUAAAACAAUGUUUUUUAUUAUCGUGAUUUUUUUAAACUUAAAUGUCUACAGCUUCCGCUUCCGUCUAUUUACUUCCGGAGAGGGGAAAAAAAUCGCUGGCAAGUGUUAGCAUACGUUUUUCCCCCUUCGUUGGACAUUUUUAGAUUAUCAGCCAUGGGGAAGUCUUUUGCCAAUUUCAUGUGUAAAAAGGAUUUCCAUCCUGCAUCGAAGUCCAAUAUUAAAAAGGUAUGGAUUCAAGAACAGAAGUUGACCUUCGAGAAGAGGAAGCAGGAAGACCUGAUGCAGGCAUACUUGAAGGAGCAGGACACUUACAACAACAGGGUGUUGAUUGGGGAUGACAGGGUUAAAAAUGGCCUUAAUUUCAUGUACGAGGCUCCACCGGGAGCAACAAAAGAGGAAAAGGCAGAGGAAGGAGGAGAAGAAGAAUGCAAAUUUGAAUGGCAAAAAGGGGCUCCAAGAGAAAAAUAUGCAAAGGAUGACAUGAAUAUCAGAGAUCAGCCGUUUGGGAUUCAGGUGCGCAAUGUGCGCUGCAUCAAAUGUCACAAGUGGGGUCACGUGAACACGGACAGAGAAUGCCCCCUGUUUGGGCUGUCAGGCAUUAACGCCAGCUCUGUGGCUUCAGAAGAAGGCGCAGGUCCGUCGAUGCACCCCUCUGAGCUAAUGGCUGAGAUGCGUAACAGUGGGUUUGCCCUGAAGAAAUGUGUCCUUGAUCGCAAUGCUACUGUUUGUGAUCCAGCACAGGUGUACGUUGCAAGCGACCAAGAAGAAGAUCCAGAGAUGGAAUUUUUAAAAUCUCUAACAACAAAGCAAAAACAGAAACUCCUCAGGAAACUGGAUCGUCUGGAGAAGCAGAAGUCCAAGAAAAAGAAGAGUAAAAAAGACAAGAAAAAGAGCAAAAAGAAGCAGAAGAAGAAGCAUGAAAGUAGCGACAGCUCGAGUCGCAGCGGCAGCGACUCAUCCAGCAGCAGCAGCUCUGGCGACUCCGACUCAGACAGCCGCGGCAACUCAAAGGGCCAAAAGAGAAAUAAGAGCAAGAAGAAUGCGUCGUGCAGAGAUAACAGCUCCCAGGGGCGAGACAAGAGUCACAAAAAGUCCUCGUCUCGCAGGAGCCGGUCAGCGAGUCGUCGCGCCUCACACAAGCGCUGUGAAGUGGCGCCUGCGGAACAUAAACAAACACGGACUGAGAGAGGAAGGACUCCAGAGGGCAAAAGGAAGAAGACGGCGGACAGAAAGCGGGAUUGCAGCGGGAGUGAUCAGAGAGGUAGCGAGCGCCAUCACAGGGGAGAUGCUGAGAGCGGCCGUGUGGACGCAAGGAGAGGAAGGAUGGAGGAGGAGAGGAGUAGAAGCAGGGACAGGAGACCAGAGAGGAGCCAUAGAAAGCAUUAAAGACUUCUUCUUUCUUUUAAAACAAUCUACAUUUUUCUUUUUAAAGGCACUCAAUUGGUGUCCUUCAACGAUUUAGCAGCAUGCAUGUUCUUGUCCUACCAGUAGAGGGAUGUAGUGGUCAAAGUAUCUGUCACUUGUUUCAAUUCUAAUCAAACAUUAAACACGCUUUCAUGAUUAAAUGGCUUAUAAAUAUUCUGCAGUUUUGAAACUUUUUUUUGUUUUACCUAUCAACACAAGCCGACUUGUUUAAGAUCUUUGGAUUAAAAUUAUUUCAAUACUUAAGGAUGUACUUCCUCUGUUAAAUAAAAUAUUUUAGUCAACGAUAUUUCCACCAUAGUUCAUUUAACGUUCAGUAAUUGUUGUGCAUUCGAUGACCCGCUGAUUUAUUUUGCAAACAUCCUCCACAUUUUUAUUUUAACUGUGGAAUAUAAAGACAAUAUAACAUACAUCAAUAAAAGUGGAUCCAUAUGCAAAAGUGCAAUAUAUGUAUCUACAGUAAUCUAUUUAUUUAUAUCUGCACCUUAUUGCUCGUUUAUCCUGCACUACAACCAGCUAAUGCACACAAUUUCGUUCUUAUCUGUACUGUAAAGUUUAAAUUUGAAUGACAAUAAAA